AUGCCGCUUCCCUCCCCCCUGCAGUGCCGCAGCCCGGCCCUCCCGGCACGGGUCCUCCUGGGCCGGCGGCCGGCGCAGCGGGGCAACGCGCUGAUCGUGUGCAUGGGCCGCCGAGCCGCCAAGAUCGCGAACAGGAAGGGCAAGGCGGACGCGGCCAAGGCGAAGCUGUACGGGAAGUUCGGGAAGCUCAUCAUCCAGGCGGCGAAGGAGAACCCGGACCCGGAGAGCAACGCCGCGCUCCGCGACGUCAUCGCGCAAGCCAAGAGCGCGGGGUGCCCGAAGGACAUCAUCGACCGCAACCUCUCGCGCUCCAAAGACAAGAGCGGCGCGGACUUCCAGGAAGUGACCUACGAGGCCUACGGCCCCGGAGGCAGCGGGUUCAUCGUGGAGUCCCUGACGGACAACGUGAACCGGACGGCGUCGGACGUGAAGAGCACGAUCACCAAGGCCGGGUGCAAGAACGCCGAGCCUGGGUCGGUGCUGUUCAACUUCACCAAGCGCGGCGUGGUGGUCAUUCCCGCGGAGGGCGUGGACGAGGAGCAGCUCUUCGAGGACGCGGUGGACGCCGGGGCGGACGACAUCGUGCCGGGGGACGACGUCGAGGGGGGGUCGUUCCGCGUGGUGACGGAGGUGGAGGACUUUGGGGCAUGCUUCAAGGCGCUGUCGGACAAGUACAACACGCAGAAGGAGGAGAGCGGGCUGAAGUGGAUCCCGAACACGGAGGUGGAGCUGGACGGCGAGGACAUGGGCACGUGCGAGGACCUGUUCGAGAAGCUCCUGGAGCUCGACGACGUGGACGCGGUGUACGCCACCGUGGCGGGGCUGAACAACUAG